AUGAAGGGCUCUAGUAAAGCUAUUAAGCUGGUGCUGGAACACUUGCAAUCGACAGGAAGAGUACUUGGAACUGUGGAAACGAAAACUUCUGCUGGAAUAAACGAAAAAUCAGCUUUUAGUGAUGGUCAUCAGCAAGUGCAGGUGAAGAAACCUUUGAUCUUACAGUAUAGAAGCUACAACCCAUAUUUGGUCAAGGAAGACUUUGUGUCAAUUUUGCCGGAGAAUCAAUACAAAAACCGCGGCCAAUUUACCAAUGGGCUCGACUUUCAACUAAUCAAGGUGAGGGACCCUAAAUAUUUUCAAUUCAAAGAUCAGUACUACUUGUUGUUUAAUGAUCAUAAUUCGCUGGUCGAGUACGCCAAUCUGACGAGACUCUCGCGAAUAAACAAAGUUAGGGUGAGAAUGACACCAUUGAUGCAGCCCUUACCCAAUUUGAUGACAAAGUUCCAAAGAUAUUCACAAAAUCUACAUAACGCAUUCCAGUCGUCUGAGAAAUAUUUUGAAGGAUUGACCGAGAAAAUUGAGCCAAAGGAUAUGAUAGACGUGACCCAACUAUGGCGCGUUCUUGAUUCAGUACGUGAGAUGGAACGUAAAUCCGUGUUAGUGUGGAACUUACCCACUGAACUACAGUCGUUUAAUAUAUUAAACUACUUCUGGUUUUACAAUAUAAGAUCAAACUUCAAGAUAUUCUGGGAUGACGAGAUGAAGAGAAAUCUCCAGUUUAUAUCUUUUGAAAACUCAAACGAUGCGUACCGCUUUAAAAGAAACUAUCAUGGUUUGUUAGCAAAGGAGUUACUAAACCCGCCGAAAAAGGAGGAAAGCACACUCGAGACGGACUCUGUUAUAGACGAUUCCAAACUAUUAAUCGAGCAUCUAAACGAAUGA